AUGCCUUCCCGCCCACUCUCCUUCUCCGCUCUCCUACUCACGGUGUCCCCACUCUCACCCCUCCUCCCCGCAUCCCCCGUGCCCCCGAUGCUUCCUUUACUUUCUGCUCUCCUCCUUCCCUCCCUCUUUCCCUCCCUCCCUCCCUCCCUCCCUCCCUCCCUCCCUCCCUCCUCUCUUCCUCCCCAUGGAUCCCUCUCACCCACCCCUCGCCCCGUCUCCCCUGCCCCCGCUCUCCCCGCCCUCUCCCCCCGGCAGCCUGGGGAGGAGGAGCGGGAGGAGGAGGGGGAGGAGGAGGGGGAGGAGGAGGGGGAGGAGGAGGGGGAGGAGGGGGGGGGAGGAGGAAGGGGAGGAGGAAGGGGGGAAUGGGGAGGAGAAGGUGGAGGUGGAGGAUGGGGAGGAGGAGGAGGAGGAGGAGGAGGAGGAGGAGGAGGAGGAGGAGGAGGAGGAGGAGGAGGAGGAGGAGGAGGAGGAGGAGGAGCGCGGAGGACGAUGCAGGAAGCUGGAGUGAUCAGCGGGAAAGUGCCUACUGCAAGCGGGUGUGCCGUGAAUCAGAUCAUAAGUACCUAUGUUGUACCACCUGUAAGUGGUAUCAAAUGCCCAGCCACUGACCUCAGGAAGCACUCUCUCGCCGCGACCCUCUCCCCGUCCUCACUCCCCUUCUCCCCUUUCCAGUCUCCCCUUCGCCUUCCUCCAACAGUCGUCCCCGCAUCCUCAACCCCAUCCCUUUUCCCAAACCCCCCCACCCCCCCUUCCCUCCCCGCUCUCCCCCCUUCCCAGUUCCCCUGGCUAGGCUCAGGCUGCAUGGCUGCAGGGGGGAUGCUGGGUGACGGUCACCCCGACUGCACAGACCAUUCCGAUGAGGACCUAGCUUACUGCGUCCAGAGGGGCUUCUGCCUGCAGUUCGCCUCCUCGCCUUCGUCCUGCACCCCUGGUGCUCUCUGCAACGGCGUGAAUAAGUGUCCGCGCAUGAAGGAUUACACCGGGUCGCCUUAUACCGAGGACGAGGAUCCGGAGAUCUGCCUGACGUUCGAGUGCCGGGAAGGGGCGGAGAUUAAGUCACUGCGCUCUCGCAUCAAGAGUUCAAACGCCAGUGUGCCGGUAUGCAUGGGGCUGGGGGGCUUUGGGCGAUUCAGGGAUGGGUUAUUGAGUCCACUCAACAAUCCUUUCUGCGCCAGCACUGGUCUCUCCCAUCAGGAGUCCAGGCGCCAGUGUGCCGCCAUGGCCGCCGCGCGUCUCACGCUUACACCGCCGCUCAUUGCGGCCUACAGCAGUAGCACCUCGCAGCUCCGUCACUCGUCCGCCUUCUCCUCCUCCGGGCGAGCCGCGUCGGUCCGCAACCCGAUCCCGCUCCUCACGCUUCCCCAAGCUCGCCGUUGGUCCGUCGGUGCGAUCGGCCCGCUCGUCACCGCGCUGCCAGCAAGGACAAAUAGCCGCGGGCCGAAGCGCGCGUCCAUGGCUGCGAGGGCGUCGGCGGCGGGAAGUGCGAGCGCGGAGGGGAACGACGGGAGCAACGCGACGACGCGACGGGUGGUAGAGCACCUCGUGUAUUUCCAGGUGAAGCCCAACACGCCCCCAUCCGCCGUAGCAGCCAUGGUCAACGGUCUCCGCGCCCUCUCCUCCGCCCCCGGGGUCCUCUUCCUUGCAGUCGGCUCUGCACUCCCCAUCCCCCCAGCCCUCGCCGCCUACACGCCCCAAUCCCCCUGGACACACGCCCUUCUCGGCCGGUACGAGUCACGAGACGCACUCCAAGCGUAUGCAGGGUCAGAGGAGCAUGUGAAGGUGGUGGAGGGGUGCAUCAAGCCGAUUAUCAGUGACAUCCUGGCCGUCGAUUGGGAAACAGACGUCCCUGCCGAUGCUGCUGCCUCUGCUUCUGCCUCUGCUGCUGCCGAUGCUGGUGUGUCGCGUCUGCCCUUCUCGGUGAUCCACUCUGUGGUCAUGGAGCUAGGCCCAUCCGCCACCGCCAAUCCCACCGCCAUCCCCACCAUGGUCUCAUCCCUCAAGUCUCACGUGGGCGAGAUCCCCGGCCUGCACGAGGUCUCCAUAGGGGAGAAUUUCGCGCCGGCUCGCGCCAAGGGGUUCACGUGGGGGUAUGCGGGGUACCAUGCGGACGAGGCGGCUCUGCGGGUGUAUGCGGGGGAUGAGAGGCACCAGCAGGUGAUGGCGGAGGCGGUGCUGCCUCUGGUGGCGCGGUACAACUGGGUGGAUUUUCGAGUGGACGAGGUUUAUGAAGAGACCAGCGCAAAGCUGUAG